CUUUUUUUUCUUCCUCUUGCCGAUUUAUGUUUGGACAAUCUACAACAUCGCAAUCAGUAGGCACUUUUAGCUUACGCGGAUCUGACAACACUACCGUCAGUAGCAGUCCUUUCGCAAAUAACAGUAAUAACAACAAUAAUAACGCGUCCACCAUGUCGACUCCCGCUGUCGCCAAACCAUUGUUCAGCCAAGUUGAUACCAGCAUUAACAAUAGACCAUUCGCUGUCCGCUCAUCGAACAACGGCAGCAGCAACAACAACUCCCUGCUCUUUACAAGUACAUCCAACACCACAAACGCUACACAUAAUUUGACGGCACCUACUACCGCUGGUAUACCCGCAUCGAUACCGUUGCAAUCUACUUUGCACAAUAAAGAGACCAGCUUCAACUUGGACUUGACCAACACAACGACAGCCACUACACGAUCAGCAGCCUUUCGUGGGUAUUGGCAAUCGCCGCCUACUUUCUUUAUCUCUUCACAGGAACAGCAAGAUAAUGACAUGGAUGUGGAUCAGUUAACUUCGGAAACAACGACUAAUGUUGCUUUCGGUGAAGGCAAAUCACUGCUACGAUUCCGUCCAAAUCCAGAAUCUUCAAGAAUCGCCGGACGUAAACGUGAAAUUGCAGCAAGCUUGAGCAGCGAACGACGAGUAUCAUUUAAGCGCACAAGUACUGAUGAAGGCAAAGGAAAGGCGCGCGCUGAUGAUGGAAGCAAAGCAGAUACCACCGUUUCAGACAGGGAAGAGGCCGAGUCGAUCUACGUGUUUGGAUUUGCACCGGGCACUGAACAACAAAUUAUCGAUUAUUUUGCUAGCCAUGGUAAAAUCGUACAGCACAACACUUCGACAGGCAACUGGAUCACGAUCAGAUACGACUCUGCUGCAUCCGCAGAAAAGGGAUUGAAGAGCAACGGCGUGGCAGUGACGGGCGAUCAUAUUAUUGGUGUUACACGUGGCACAAACAAGAAGACGCAAACGGCAACCGCCGAAGCAUCAACGGCGUCAUCCCAUAAAGACGACGUGUUCCGAGUGAUCCCGUUCGACCAAGCCAAAAACCUGUAUAAGAAACCAGAAGCCAUGAAAGGAGCACAACAGCCAUCAUCGGCAGCUGAAGGCUUGGGAAGUGGCAAGACCGGAUUGAGCGUGUUGAAUGUGCCAACGGUUAAUCCGCCCGGAGACGUUAAGCUUAUCAAGGAUACCGGAUUGUUGACCAAAGUCAAGGAUUUUCUUUUUGAAUGGUAAAAGCAGACGGACAACAACAACACGCACCAAUACUGACGAUGACGAUGACGAUGA